AUGGCGAGAAACGAGGAGAAACAGCAGGGUCGACUGAACAGACUGUGGCUUCAGAGGGAGAGAGAAGGUGAGGAGCAAAAGUUUACCUGCUGCCUGACAGAUAGAUCGCUGUUAGCUAAACUAACGCUAAUGUUUAACCGCUUCAGCGACUCCGUCCGGGUGAAAUGAAAAGAAAGAAAGAAGUUUUUGCCUUUGCAUCCAUGUUGGUCAACUUUGUAUCCCAUAAGAAGUGACACAAAGAGCCCAUCAGCUUUUGCAUCAAGUGCUACUCUUCUGUUAACAGUCGGUGUAAAUACUGUUGGCUUUACUGACUGUUAGCAUACAGCUCUGACUGAAAGUCUUUCUGUUUUUACAGAGGGUCGUCUCAGAGAUGUGAACGAGAGAAGACCUCGGCUGGUAAUGAUUACAUUCAGUAAAUGGGGGAGAGUGGGGUAAGAUGAGCCAUUUUUCACAUUUCGGAUCACUACAUCAAGCCAAUCGUAGUUUUGUCUCUAACUAGUGUAUCUGCAUAUAUUUCAAGAUGUUGUGCAUCCCUGCAAACCAACAGAAUGAGUGUAAACAUAACUGUCUUGAUAAUAUACCAUGCCAAAAAAGUGAUCUCCUACCCCGUGUAUGGGGGUAAAACUUACCCUUUGGCUCAACUUACCCCACUCUCCCCAAAAUAUGUUUAAGAUGUUUUAAUAUUUUUAGCAGCUUGUCAGACUGAGAUAUUUGUGUCUUCAGUCUGCUCUGACCUCAGCGUCCUCUGUGAAGAAAUGGAUCCCCAGCAUCAAGUCAGAGAUCGAGUAUUAUCUGCAGGUCAGUGAUGCCAAACAUGGAUGAAGAGCCCUGGCUGGACUCUCUGAUGUCUGAGUUUCUGUUCCUCCUCUCAGCAGUCCCAGCUCACUCACUAUCCAGAGAGGAAGAUCGCUCAGUUUCAGCUGCAUAUCCAGGCUUUGGAGUGAGAGUACAAGAGCUUCAUCUCCAAGCUGAGAGUCCUUGACCCGACCUGUAAGCACACGCCAUGGACUCCAAGAGCGUACUGCAAACGCAGAGCUGACCCACUAGAUGGACCCAGCACUGGUCAGUCUGUUGAUCUACACCAGCACCCUUCACACAUGAACUCCUGACAAUUUGUAGAUCACUUCUUCCUUUGCAAGGCACAUUAUUGUUUCUAAAAUGAGUGCUUCAAAACACCAGUUUUGACACCUGGUUUAAACACCAGUCUCAAGAUGAAAUAUUGUCUGCUGUCUGAACACUUAAAUUAAAUAAGCUAAAGACAGCAGAGUAUUAAACCCUACUCUUUCAUAAAAGAUAAAUACAAAACAUUUAAAGGGAGAUUUCACCUCAGGGAAGGGAUUAAUUUAUCUCCACAUUGCAAAGCCACAAAUCAAACUUAACUUUAUAUAAAAAUGGCACUUCUGGAAAUAUCUGCCUUUUUCAGUUUAGGGUACUAUUUAAGCUAAUAUGAAAUUAUCUUCUUAAGGAUGUUUUAAUUUGCAUAUGGCAAUGGUCUAUUAUUGUAAUAGAUCUUCAAACAUCAGUUUCAGCAACAUGUCAACACUAAAGAAUGCCUAUAGCAGCAGGAAGCAUACAGGUAGUCUGUAUACAUCUAACAUAUGUAACACAAGUGAAACAAAGUGUUUUGAUCUUAGUAGGUGAAUAGAAAAUUACACACAAAUAAUAAAUAACAGAAUUUAAGAUAGUAACAGAAGUUUCCUGACUAUAACCAACUGAGUUCACACACUAGAUCACUUUGACUUCACGUGGCCAUUUGAUGAGGGUUGGAGGUAAAAAUCCAGAUCAAGUUUGAGUUGAAAUUCAUCCAUUUGCAUUCCUACCAGGGUAAAGUCAUGAAAUGUUCAGGAGCUCAGAGUGUCUGUCGGAGGGACCACUGAUAUGUCUGAUUUACACAUUUCUGAAAGAUUGUUUCCUAUGAUGAACUGUUCCUUUAUAAAAACAAAACCUGACUCUUGCUCCUCCUCCUCCUUUUUUACUGGUUUCAGUGAAAUUUCCUCAUCUCUGUGGGUCUCAUGAUGGCAGUACUGACAGAAGAGAUGAGGGAGAACCAGACUGUAAGACAGGAUCUGAAAAAGCUCCAGGCCCAGACAGAGCCUACAUGUCUCAGACUGAAUCAGUCCCAGAGACCUCAGAGGGGGUCUGUGCUGACCAGGACCAGAAUCAGAACCAGGACCAACCCCUCUCCUUUGACCACACCCGGUUGGCUGUGGCUGUAGCUGCCUUUAGAGGACCAGUCUCUCAGCUGGGCUCCUCUCAGACUCACAGUCUGGCUCGGGUCUUACAGUCCAGACUUCCAAACCUCACAAACUCCUCCUCCUCCUCCUCUUCGUCAUUGAGCAGAGAUUUAGAGAAUAAAGGAUGCACAUUAGGGUCUAUCAUGGAGCAAAGGAGUCAAGUCCAGGUGGGUCAGACAGAUUGUGGUCCUGCAGAGAUGAACUCUGGGAAAACCUCCAUUGAUGAGACGUCAGAGGAGAGGGGCACUCACAUCCUGGGACUGGACUGUUACUCUUCAUCCACGGAUGAUGAUGAGGAGGAAGAAGAGGACAGCUGA